CCAGGGUGCUAUGAACACCGAUCCACAACAACCGGAAGGCCAGCUGGGGUGUUAAGGGCGGUCCAGCUGUGAACUCCAGCCAAUGGUAGCGCGUGGAAGGGGUGACACAUGGGUCUGGUCUACCAGUAGAGGACGGCGGGAAGUGCGUUGAGCGCAUGCGUCCUGUGGUAGCUUAGAAAAAGGAGCUGCUGGCGGGCCGAGCUGAAGACAUGGAGCAGGGCUAUGGAGGCUAUGGGGCAUGGAGUGCUGGACCUACCAACACCCAGGGUGCAUAUGGAACUGGUGUGGCCAGUUGGCAAGGUUAUGAAAACUACAAUUAUUAUGGUGCCCAGAACACCAGCGUCACCACAGGAGCAACCUACAGCUACGGCCCAGCCUCAUGGGAGGCCACCAAGGCCAGUGAUGGCCUGGCACCUGGGGGCCCUGCCAUGCAUAUGGCUUCUUAUGGCCCAGAGCCGUGCACCGACAAUUCCGACUCCCUCAUUGCCAAGAUCAACCAGCGUUUGGACAUGAUGUCCAAGGAAGGAGGCAGGGGCGGGAGCAGCGGCAAUGGGGAGGGCAUGCAGGACCGGGAGAGCUCCUUCCGCUUCCAGUCGUUCGAGUCCUAUGAUUCCAGGCCUUGCCUGCCUGAGCACAAUCCCUACCGCCCCAGCUACAGCUACGACUAUGACUUUGACCUGGGGCCCGACCGCAAUGGUGGCUUUGGUGGUCAGUACAGUGACUGCCGGGACCCAGCCCGUGAGCGGGGCUCCCUCGAUGACUUCAUGCGGGGCCGAGGCCAGGGCCGCUUCCAGGACCGGAGCAACCCCGGCACCUUUAUGCGCAGCGACCCCUUCAUGCCACCUGCAGCCUCUUCUGAGCCUCUUUCUGCUCCAUGGACGGAAAUGAACUAUGUGGGUGGGCGGGGCCUGGGAGGCCCCUCCACCAGCAGGCCUCCACCUUCCCUCUUCUCCCAGUCCAUGGCCCCUGACUUUGGCAUGAUGGGCAUGCAGGGGGCAGGUGGUUAUGACAGCUCUAUGCCCUAUGGAUGUGGCCGGUCACAGACCCGGAUGAGAGAUCGGCCUAGGCGGAGAGAGUUUGAUCGCUGCGGCCCAGAUAGCUUGGGCAGGAAACGGAAGCAGUUGCAGAUUUACGAUGAGCCAGACACCAAACAAGCCCGGGCUGACAGUGAAGGAGAUUUUUCUGAAAACGAUGAUGGAGCUGGUGACUUCCGGUCAGGAGAUGAAGAAUUCAGGGGUGAGGACGAAUUCUUCGACUCCGGGAGGCAGAGAGGAGAGAAGGACGAUGAGGAUGAUGAAGUGAAGAAGAGGAGGGAGAAGCAAAGGAGGAGAGACAGGAUGAGAGACCGAGCAGCUGACAGGAUUCAGUUUGCCUGUUCCGUGUGCAAGUUUCGUAGCUUCGAAGAUGAAGAAAUCCAGAAGCAUCUGCAAAGCAAAUUUCACAAAGAGACACUGCGGUUUAUAAGUACCAAAUUGCCCGACAAGACGGUGGAGUUCCUCCAGGAAUACAUUGUAAACAGGAAUAAGAAAAUUGAGAAGCGGCGUCAGGAGUUGAUGGAGAAGGAAAGCACAAAACCAAAACCAGAUCCUUUCAAAGGGAUUGGCCAGGAGCACUUCUUCAAGAAAAUAGAGGCUGCUCACUGCCUGGCUUGUGACAUGCUGAUCCCUGCACAGCCCCAGCUCCUCCAGCGGCACCUGCACUCUGUCGACCACAAUCACAACCGCCGGUUGGCUGCUGAACAGUUCAAGAAAACAAGUCUUCAUGUGGCUAAGAGUGUUUUGAACAACAGACAUAUUGUGAAGAUGCUGGAAAAGUACCUCAAGGGUGAAGAUCCUUUCACCAGUGAAGCUGUUGAUGCAGAAAUAGAAGGAGAUGACAAUUUAGGAGGUGAGGAUAAGGAAGAGACACCGGAGGAGGUAGCUGCCGAGGUCUUAGCUGAGGUGAUUACGGCAGCAGUGAGGGCAGUAGAUGGGGAAGGAGCACCUACUCCGGAAAGUAGUGAAAUGCUGGCGGAAGUGGAAGGCCCUACGGACACAGCUGAGACCACUAGUGGUCCCCACCCUGGAGAGCUGCUGGAAGCGGAGGCACCCUGUGGAAUGGCACCUGAGAAGGGCAACACUGAAGCAGAGGCUGGAGGUGAAGCUGCUGAGGCUGGAGGUGAAGUGGAAACCCUGACAGCAGAGUCGGAAAGCACCUUGACAAUCACUGCUCCUGUCCAAGCUGCUGCAGAAGCCGAAGUGGAACAAACUGAUGCGGAGUCCAAAGAUGCUCUUCCCACAGAAUGAUCCUCCUUUCCCUGUUUCAGGGGAUGUGUUAUAUAAUGCAUUGUUCUUUCUUCUUUGGUUUAUAAGCAGUACUAGGGUAUAUGAUGCUGGAAUACUAUUUUGGUGAAGAGACCCAGCCAUUUCCUUCAGAAAAGUGUACCUCACAGGCUUGUCUUACAGAGUUGCGUGGCUUUCUGCCUUGGUUUGAAGGCUGCAGAAGUUGUACAUUCCCACAAGCGGCUGUGACAUCUCUCUUUACACUGUAGUUGGAAUAAUAAAAGUUGGAUAAGUAGAUUUUGGCGA